AUGCCAAAUCUUACCAGCCCUACUGGAUUCCUGUUCCUGGAGUUUUCUGAAGUCUAUCAAUUUCAGAUUUUUCAAGUUUUCCUGUUCCUAACAAUAUACAUAGUGUCCCUUGCUGGCAAUCUUUUUAUUGUUAUUGUAGUCAUCACGAACCAUCGUUUGCAUUCUCCAAUGUAUUUCUUCUUAAUGAAUUUGGCUCUGAUGGAUAUUGGUUCCAUUUCAGUCAUUGUACCUAAAUCUCUGACUAAUUCACUCAUGAAUAGCAGGUUUAUUUCUUAUUCUGAAUGCAUUGCUCAAGUUUUUUUCUUGCUGUUUUUUGAAGCCUCUGAAUACUUCCUUUUAACAGUAAUGGCUCAUGAUCGCCAUGUCGCAAUUUGUAAUCCUCUGAAAUAUGAGACAAUUAUGAACAAAGAAGCCUGUAUUCAGAUGACAGCCACUGUGUGGAUUGUUAGUCUGCUUUAUGCAGUGUUGCACACAAGUGGCACUUUUUCACUAAGGUUUUGUUCCAAUAAGAUUGAUCAGUUCUUCUGUGAAAUUCCAAAAUUGCUUAAAAUCUCUUGCUCUGACUCAUAUCUAGUUGAAGUUGGAUUAAUUGCCUUUUGUGGCAUCAUAAUAUUUGGAUGUUUUAUUUUUGUUGUUGCAACAUAUGUGUGGAUUUUGGCUGCAGUGCUCAAAAUUCCUUCUGUACAUGGACAGAAAAAGGCCAUCCACACUUGCCUCCCUCAUCUCAUUGUUUUCUCUUUGAUGUUGUUCACUGGACUCUUUGUUUAUAUAAGACCACCUAAUAAUACUUCAUCUGAUCUUGAAUUAUUUUUUGUAUAUGCAAUCCUUCCUCCUGUCCUAAAUCCAUUUAUUUACAGCAUGAGAAAUAAAGAGUUUCAAAAUGCCUUGUGGAAGUUAUACAAAGCUUCGUAG